UAGUUUCAUCUCUACUGUUAUUGGUCGCAGCUCUUCGGCCGUUUAUUCAGAUUGGUUCCAGCAGCCACUAGGUCUCGUUCUGAUUGGUCACGGGAAAUCCCAGACGCCUCGCUAUUGGUUGAGGUGAGAACCCCGCUUAUUCCGCCAUGUUCCGAGAGUCCGGUUCUCCUCAGACGGGGCGAUGUUGACUUCGUUCUCUGGAGUUUGCCCGGGCUGCGCUUUGUGCCGUGACCGUCGCAGUAGUGGAAUGUGUGGCCUGGACUAGUCGAAGCUGGGAGUUGGAAGCAGUUUCGUGGAGCGGUCGGUGCCGGCAGGUGGAUACUCCGCCUCGGAGACCUGUUCCCGACUCACGUCGCUGUGUAGGAGCGGACAGCGGUUACACCUGUCAGCAAAACGUUUCUCGGGAGCUGCAGUGCUGGUGAGGCUCGCAGCUCAUGCGCUUUGUAUGCGACCUGCCCCGUCCGAUCUCCAAGGAACAGUUUCUUUAGAAGGGAGCAGCAGGGAGCGCGUUCAGUAUCAUGCCAAGCAGGAUGGGUUCAAAAAUGGACUUAUCUAAAGACUACAUCAAAAUGAAAGCGCACUACAACGGAGACAUUCAGAUCACACGCUUGGGAGCUUCAAUGAGUUAUGACGAACUGUGCGAAGAAGUGAGAGAAAUGUGUAAUUUACGCCAAGGGCAGCCCAUCACGUUGAAGUGGAUCGAUGACGAAGGGGAUCCAUGCACAAUUUCAUCUCAAAUGGAACUAGAAGAAGCUUUCCGUCUAUAUUCCAUCUACAGGGAAGAAGGCCUCAGCAUUCAUGUGUUCCCAAGCAUCCCCGAAAGGCCAGGCCUUCCCUGCCCGGGAGAAGAUAAAUCCAUCUACCGUCGAGGGGCCAGAAGAUGGAGGAAGCUCUACCGAGUGAAUGGGCAUCUGUUUCAAGCCAAACGCUUUAACAGAAAAGCCUACUGUGGCCAGUGCAGUGAAAGGAUAUGGGGUCUUGGAAGGCAAGGCUACAAGUGUAUCAACUGCAAACUGCUUGUCCAUAAACGCUGUCACGUGCUCGUUCCUCUGACCUGUAAAAAGCAUAUGGAUUCGGUCAUGCCUUUCCAGGAGCCGCACAUAGACGAAAAAGGCAAUGACGUUGACCUUCCCUCUGAAGAAACCGAUGGAAUUUCCAUUAUCCCUCCACCUCGAAAAAUUGAGACCCGCAAGGAUAACUCUGAGGACCUCAAGCCUGUUAUCGAUGGAAUGGACGGAAUAAAAAUUUCACAGGGCCUGGGACUUCAGGACUUCGAUCUUAUUCGUGUGAUUGGCAGGGGUAGCUACGCCAAAGUUCUUCUGGUGCGGUUAAAAAAAAACGACCAAGCCUAUGCCAUGAAGGUGGUGAAGAAGGAACUCGUGCAUGACGACGAGGAUAUUGACUGGGUGCAGACAGAGAAGCACGUAUUCGAACAAGCGUCCAAUAAUCCUUUUCUGGUUGGGCUACACUCCUGUUUUCAGACGCCGAGUCGGUUAUUUUUGGUUAUAGAAUACGUGAAUGGAGGAGACCUCAUGUUUCAUAUGCAACGGCAAAGAAAACUCCCUGAGGAACACGCCAGGUUUUAUGCUGCUGAAAUCUGUAUCGCUCUGAAUUUCCUGCACGAGCGAGGAAUCAUCUACAGAGACCUGAAGCUGGACAAUGUCCUGUUGGAUGCCGAGGGCCACAUUAAAUUAACAGAUUAUGGAAUGUGCAAGGAGGGCUUGGGGCCUGGUGACACUACAAGCACUUUCUGUGGCACUCCAAAUUACAUUGCCCCCGAGAUCCUGCGGGGAGAAGAGUAUGGUUUCAGCGUGGACUGGUGGGCACUGGGCGUCCUGAUGUUUGAGAUGAUGGCUGGAAGGUCUCCUUUCGAUAUCAUUACCGACAACCCGGAUAUGAACACUGAAGAUUACCUUUUCCAAGUUAUCCUGGAGAAGCCAAUUCGGAUCCCAAGAAUACUCUCUGUUAAAGCAUCCAAUGUCUUAAAAGGAUUUUUAAACAAGGAUCCCAAAGAUAGGCUUGGAUGCCAGCCUCAGACCGGGUUCUCAGAUAUCAAAUCUCACACCUUUUUCCGCAGCAUAGACUGGGAUAUGUUGGAGAAGAAGCAAGUUGCCCCUCCCUUCAAACCCCAAAUCACAGAUGACUACGGUUUGGAAAACUUUGACACGCAGUUUACCAGCGAGCCUGUACAGCUUACACCAGAUGACGAAGAUGUUAUUAAGCGAAUAGACCAAUCGGAAUUUGAAGGCUUUGAAUACAUAAAUCCAUUGUUGCUUUCAACAGAAGAGACAGUAUGAAGGACUCUUAUCUCAAUGGACAAAUAACGUGAUCGAUCUUGAACUUGUAUCCUUAACUACAGUAUAUGCAUGCGAGGCUGGAAAACUGGCGUAAGGUUCUGAAUAAAGUCCACUGCUGCAAGAUUUGCUGCUGAACAUCAGCCACGCAAGAGAUUUUCUGUGGAUAUUCUCCCCGGGCGGCAGCCGCGCUCUUUACCUACGCGGAAACUCUCUGGCUGAAUUACAGAAGAGAUUCGCGUUUAGUGCCUCCCUUACGAAGGAUCUACGUAAAGUGUGCGCUUAUCCCGGCGGGUGUGUGGCGGAGGAACUCUAUUUCAGGCAAUCACGCAAGCAAGUCGCUUCCUUUAGUGCAUUAGACGCAGUGCGCUCCAGUCCUCGGGAACUAGAGGAGAAAUAAAAGCAGGUCAAAGAACUGGAAACUCUGGGCUGAUAAAACUUUUCUCCUCCCAUUCCUGGUGCUGUGAUACCUGGUGAUCUAGCAUCCGAAAUUGGGUUUUAA